CAACCCAAAGCGGAAGUAACCCUAGUACUCGAACAGAAUAAUAGAUUUCUAGUUUAUCGACCCGGCAAACCGCUUUUCACAAAUUGCAGUUUUGAAUGAAAAAUCGCAAAAUUUUAUUGUGUUUUAUCAGAUUUAGUCUUCCAACAUGGAUAAUCCAGUCAAGACAUUUAUGAUCCCGAAUGAGCUUUGCCACAGGGCUGGGGUGGCUGCUUCCUGGCUCUCCGUCAACGAAUUCGGCGUUUUUGGACACCAGAAAGUGUCAAAGGUCGAUAAACCGAGUCACUUCGCCCCCUCGGAUGCCUCAGUGUUUCAGUUGCGUCCCGAUAUUAUUCUGUUUAAGCCGAUUUUACGUAAAUUGGUGAAUGAGGCAAACGGCGCUUUUCUCACUCUUCAAGCCCUCAUCGCCACUGAGGGGGACCAUAAAGCCGAGUUAUUAAAACUGAGCCGGCAGUACAGAUCCAUAAUUAGGGCCUGUUUAGAAAACUUGCAAGACGAAGUAAUGCGAGCUAAUGGGGACUACCGUGAGGAAUUACAAAAUUACAUCACGAUUUUUUACUCAGUUGAGUGUAUUUGGCACUUGUGUGAAAUUUUGUUUGUUGAUGCGGUCCCUGGUAAUAUUGUUUUGCCCCAUUUAUUGGACUGGAUUAGGUUUCACUUUCCCAAAUAUGACCGAAAUGCGGCGAGUAUGUUGGCGGGCGAUUUGGGGGGCUUGGAGUCACACCCCGAUUAUUGGGAAACCGUCAUAGGGUCACUACUACAAGGCCGGGUUAAGGUCGUUAGGGCACUGCUUAAAUUGCACUCAGAGGCGGAGUCUCAACCUUUCAAAAUUGUUGAUCAGUGUCUUAGAGCAAUGCCGGUUUAUAAUAUGUUUAGUGGGACGUCAAUCGCUGAAUUUAAUCUACAGUGGAACCAUUGGGUCGUGGAUGUUCAGUCGAAAAUCGACGCAAAAAUGUUUAUUUCGUGUUACAAUCUCAAUUUGAUUAUGAAGCUUACGGUUGGUGACGAAGUUGCAUGGGGGGAAGCACAGCAGUAUUGCGAAACGUGGUAUGAAAUGCUAGCCGCGUGGUUGUUUUUUACACAACCGACAGUCAAAUCCUUCGAGUUGGGACAGUUUGCCAAACAGUGUAUCACAAAAAUGUCGAUAGGGAAUAGGAUUAAGCAUUUGGAUCGAAUGCUAUUGGCAGCAAUGGAAUUUGAUAUUUUACAGGUGAUUAAAGAAAUUCAAAACAUGACAGACAGUGGUUGGUUUGUGAGCCACUUAACCGACUUACUUUACCACUCAGGGCGUCUAAACGACCCAAAUAUUGAAACCGAAAAUUUCCAUCCUGAAAAAUUACGUGAAUCGUUUUUAAUCGAUUAUGGCUCACUUUUAAUGGGCCAUAAAUCGCUAUGGCAGGUCGGUUUAAGCUACUUGGACCACUGUCCCAGUGACGGCGUAGAAGUGAUAAAAUUAUUGCUGCCACGACUGUCUCUAGAUUCCGAAAUGCGGGCUCAAAAAAUCGUUAGAGAGGCCCUAAACCGGAAUUUGACCGAGACUGCACAAAGUAUUUGCAAAGUUCAAGGAAUGACUUGCAAAAGGCGUGGGCGUCUAGGGCACGCCCUCGCCUGGGCCCUUAAAUCACAAGACAGCACUUUUGUAUCGUUUUUAUCUAAUAAGUUUCUGAGAGAGUAUGCCGAAAGUGGAGAUUUGAACAGUAUUGACCUUUUGGAUAAUCUCGGAUCGUGUAUUAUGGCAAGCGAUAGGUUGAUAUUUUUGGGGAAAUAUUACGAAUUUCAUAAGUUGUAUCAAGCGAAAGAGUACAAAGAGGCCGCUAGUUUACUUGUUUCGCUCCUUGAGUCGAACUUAAUACCGAAUUUUUUCUGGAAUAUUCUCCUAACUGACGCAAUACCACUCCUUGAAUGCGAAAAAAUAGUUUUUUCGUCAACCGACACUUACAUUAUUAUGCAAUGUCUGGAAGAAAGGGAAAAAACGAAAGAUUUAAAAGACAAAAUUCCCCUUUUGAGACUAGCAACGACCCGGAAUUUAGCACGAGCGUUAGUACAUGAAGCCCAAUUAAAGUGAUCAUUUUUCAAACACUUUUUUAUUAAAUACUUUAAGUAAA